AUGGCGGCGCACGGCGCGCGGGCGGUGCUCCUGGACGUCCCGUCCGAGGCCACGGCGCGGGUGGACGGCGCGGAGUUCGCGUGGGACGACAGAUUUCAGGGCGUUCGGAACGUCCCGCUCGGGAUUCACUUUAUUGGCUUUGUGGCGCCGGGAACGGACGCGAACGGGGCGGGGGCGUGCGUGGGGGAGUUCAUAGAGGUGCUGUGUCGGGAUGAUGUGUUCGUGCGGCGGUGGGACGCGUCGUUGGAGACGAUGGGGGGGGGAGAGGGGAUGGCGGCGGCGGAGGCGGAGAACGCGCGCGCGGCGGCUCGAGCGCGCGCGUUCGAUGGACGAAUGGCGAGAUAUCCGGAGGAAGCGUCGAAAUCGUGGACGGCGAUGAGUGGAUUCAUCACUAGGAAAUCGCUUCGGAGAUGCGGGAUCGAUUGUGGGACGAGGAUCGAGGCUGGGGAUCCGGACGCGGACGCGAGAGAGGCGGAGACGAGUGGAAUGACGCCGUACUUUGAUAACGUGCAGCGUGCGCCCGUGUUCACGCGAGCGGCGACGAGUCGGGCACCGAGAGGGAAGACGCCUUCCGAGAUUUCAGCGCUGAAUCUCGAUCCUGAGCUCAGGUUGAGUCAUGCGCUGGAGUGUUUUGGAGACGACGGUUGGCGCGGAUUGAUGGGAGAGUUUCAGCUCGCUUUUGUCCUGCUCGUUGGAUUGUCGUCCAUGGCGGCGCUUGAGCAGUGGAAGCACUUGGCGCACGUCGUGUGCGCGUGUGCACAGAGUGCUGUAUUCAAGUACCCGGAGCUGUACUCGACGUUCAUCGACGCGAUGAGCACGCAGCUCGAACGCGCGGGCGAAGACUUUUUCGUCGACGAUUAUAGCGACGACAAUUUCAUUCGUCCGUGCCUCGUCGCGCUGAUGAAAAUUGACGUCUCCGAGGCGCCAUCUGACGAUGAGAUCACUGAUCUCGAUCAACGGGCCAAGCUCGACGAGAUCGCGAAAAAACUUGCGCGUCUCGCGCGAGACGUUCGCAAAAAGUUUGACGUGCGUCUCGUCGACGAGGCCCGAGAGGCCAAGCUCGCCGACGCUGAGAACGAGAACGGGGACGAGGAUGGUCCGGUCGUCGUCGAACUCUCUGAGGGUACGUAUAUGGCCAUGAACGCGACGAACAUCGACCAAGACGAUACCGAACCUCCGCUCAUCGAACCGACACCCGCGCCACCCUCGCGCAUGUCCUGGAUGGUCGGCGAGCAGUCGUGA